GUGCGUCACCUGGUCCGUUUUUCUGCCCCCUCAUUGAACAGCGGAGGCUCCAUUUUGUUUGAUUCUGGAUUUUGCAGUUACUGUCGAUAGCUAGCGAACAAAAUUAUUACUUGGACCACUUGAAGACACAUUUCCAACAUCAACAUGAGUGGAUGUCGUAUUUUCAUCGGCCGGCUGAGCCCCUCCGCCAGAGAGAAGGACGUGGAAAGGUUCUUCAAAGGAUACGGCCGCAUCAGAGAUAUCGACCUCAAGAGAGGCUUUGGCUUUGUGGAGUUUGACGAUCCCAGAGAUGCUGAAGAUGCAGUGUAUGAGCUUGAUGGCAAAGAGCUGUGCAAUGAAAGGGUGACCAUUGAGCAUGCCCGUGUUCGUCUGCGAGGCGGCCGUGGCAGAGGUGGCAGCGGGGGAGGAGGACGUUUCUCUGAUCGCUAUGGCCGGGGCUCCCAGAACAGUCGGAGUCGAAACCCUCCUCCCAUGCGCACCGAGAACCGGCUUAUCGUGGAGAAUUUGUCCUCUCGUGUCAGCUGGCAGGACCUGAAAGAUUUCAUGAGACAAGCUGGAGAGGUGACAUUCGCAGACGCACAUCGCCCUAAGCUCAACGAAGGGGUUGUUGAGUUUGCCUCUUACAGCGACCUUAAAAAUGCCCUUGAGAAACUGUCUGGAAAGGAAAUCAAUGGCAGGAAAAUCAAGCUCAUAGAGGCAGCCAAGAAGAGGUCGAGAAGUCGUUCCCGGUCUGAAAGUUCUUCUCGGUCACGGUCUCGUUCCCGUGGUCGCUCUCCAUCACGCUCCCCCAGGCGCUCCCGCAGCCCCGCCAAGGCCCACAACCGUUCCCGCUCCCGCAGUGCCUCUCCUGCCGGCAGCAAUUCAUCCCCAGCUCCCAAAUCAAAGGAGCCCGCCAAGCGCUCCUCCAAGACGAGCAAAUCGGCCACCCCACCCUCCCCUCCGCCUGCUCAGAGAGCCUCCGUCUCCCGCUCGCGCUCCCGUUCACGCUCCCGCUCUCGUUCUCCUUCUACUGACAGCCAGCGCUAAGAGUUGUGUUUAAUUUUCAUGGGAAUCAACUAUAGAAACAACUUGUUUCAGCAGUAGAAUCAGCUUGGAGGAGUUGGCACACUGGAGUUCCCAUAAACCCCUCUGACAGCCGAGACGAGUUUUCCCUGAGUAAAGUUAGGUUUUUCCUGUCUGGAUUUUUCUCAUCACUAUCCUCAAGUUUUUCACAUUAAACAUGUACAUUCAUUGCCAGACAGGAACAAUAGAAUGAUAGUCAGAUAUUUUAUUAUCAUCAUUGGGCAUUUAAACUGAAUAAGAUUAUUUGAAGGCAGCAGAUUCACAGUGUUGUUCCCCUUAAGUAUGGACCCAUGUGUAUGUUUACACCCAGUGACCCCUUACCUUUAAAUAAUUCAUCCAACAAGGCUGCAGGUCCAGCGCUGCUGUGCCAUCAUUAUGAACCAGCAUCUACAUUCACCGUUAGUGGGCUCGAGAGUCAUCAAUCUACACUUUUUCAGCAGUAACAGGAUGGUUUUGAUGAGUCGUGUGACCACUUUCUUUACUCCUUGUGAUACUUUUGCUUGUAGGUGUGAGAAUUUUUAAUCACUUUCCACAUUUUUCUCCAUAUUGCUCACAUCUUUUCCUCUCUUUCCUGACCUACUGUACCCGCCACAGCUGCUGCGAGUGAUCUGUAUAAAUUAGGACGCUUGCAUGGGCUUUUGUUUGAUCAAAAUUAAGAAUUUAUUAUUCUACUGAUAUUUUAUUUCUGUUCAAAACUCAAAUACAAACCAUCAUUAUAACUGGCAUUGGCAGCUUCAGUAUCAAGAACACGUGUAGAAUAAAGCACAUUGUUCCAUCAGUUAAAGAGCUGUACAGUAAACUUACCUAUUUCAAGGAUCCUACAAUUUCUUUCAGUGACUGUUAAAUUUUUUAUUUUUUUUUGGAUGUGUGGCUCUUUUGAGGAUGAGGUCAACUCUUUGAUUUGAACACUUUAAAAUGAUAUUGACACAUAAUGCAGUUAAUUCUAGCAUUGUAAUGAAUGUUAUUUUAUCCUUUUGGUUAAGGGUUUUGUGUACAGCAUUGGAGACUUUUGUUUUAGUGUAUAAAUGUAAUUCCAAGAAUUCUUGUUGGUACUGUGACUGGUGUUACUGUGGUUCAAAUGAACAUGUAGACAAAAAUUCAACAUUUUUUACGUAAGGAUUUUAUUUUACAGUGAAAAAAUAUGAUGGACGUUUGUAUGCUGUAGGAAGACAAAGAACUCAAUAAAAGCAUUUUAACUAAA